GCCAGUGCUAGUUGCGCAAAGUGUUGCCAUGAAGAAAGGUCGAUAAAGUACAGACCAAGAGAGUUUUCCGGUAAUAAGAAGUAGAAUAGAAUAUUCUAUGAUAUUCGUCACGAACGUAAAAAUAGACUUAUUAAGAUGGCAGUAAACUUUUGAUUGUUAAAAACACGUUGUUGAAUUGGAUUUAAAUUGAGCGCGUUGCCCUAUUGACUCUAGAGUUAGUUAGAGAAACAUCCGCGAGAUGUCGACACGAGGAGCGCUGGCCGUUCAACGAUGUCGUCAACUUAGUUCUAACUGCAGUCGUCGGAGAGCGCAAGCGUCGCUGCCGUCUCAUCCAACACCAAGAUGGCAGACGAGGAGAAAUAAUGUGGAUCGUCGUCGUGUGAUGGCCGACCAAAACAAAACGACUCCUCGCAAACAUGGCCAGAGAGUGCACAGGUACGGUCCACAAUCGGCGAGGAGGAAGAUAAGUGAACAGCAAGUGUCUAGUGCUACCAACAGUGCCACAGACGUCGUCUUGAGUGUUUCCAGUGAGAGGACUGUGAUUGGUGCUGACAACAAUGCAUCAGCUGAUCGCACACAUCAUGACGGUGACGUCACCGGCGAGCGGCUGGACGGCGACGGCAGCAGCUUCAGCGACAAGGAGGAACAAGAUCAGGAAACCGAAGAGUUGGCGAAACUACGAUGUCCGAGCGAACGAACCGAGGUUAUAGCGGAGCGAGAGCAGCGACGGAGGAAGAGGCGAUGUGCCGACUACCCAGGGCUGGCGUUCGGCUCUUCCAUCUUCAGUUCGGACACUCUUAUGAAGUUCAGCAUAAUUAAAAAUGAGCUCCAUAAUAUCCUUAACUCUCAACUAAAAAGGGCCGAGAGUGAGGUGGCAGCCCUGAACCGUCGUAUCCAGCUGCUGGAGGAGGACCUGGAGAGGUCAGAAGAGCGUCUGGCCACCGCCACCGCCAAGCUGGCCGAGGCUAGCCAGGCCGCCGACGAGUCGGAGCGGAUACGCAAAGCGCUGGAGAACCGAACCAACAUGGAGGAUGACCGAGUGUCUAUCCUGGAGGCACAGUUGGCUCAGGCCAAGAUGAUCGCAGAGGACUCCGACAAGAAAUACGAGGAGGUGGCACGCAAACUCGUAAUGAUGGAGCAGGACUUGGAGCGAGCGGAAGAACGGGCGGAACACAGUGACUCAAAGAUCGUAGAGCUGGAGGAGGAGCUGCGCGUGGUGGGCAACAACCUCAAGUCCCUGGAGGUCUCAGAAGAAAAGGCCACUCAGAGGGAGGAGACGUUCGAGGAGCAAGUGAAAGCCUUGUCCAACCAACUCAAAGAGGCUGAGGCACGUGCUGAGUUCGCUGAGAGAUCCGUCCAGAAGUUGCAGAAGGAGGUCGACAGGCUCGAGGACGACUUGGUCACCGAGAAAGAGAAGAACAAAUUGCUGCAAGAGGAGAUGGAAGCGACUCUCCAUGACAUUCAGAACAUAUGAGUUGGUGGUUGAGAAGGAGAGAUACCGUGUCAUCGGAGAUGGAUUGGACUUGGCCUUUGUAGAGUUAUACGGAUACUAAUCAACUGUAGCGUGUGCCAUCACUCUCACAUUCACCUUUAGAUUAACCGUCUGCUUUCAUUGUUUUCCGCUUAUAUUAUUUGGCUGUAAAUGUAUCUCGUGGAAUAGUUGCGUUAAUUCCCACACUACACUCGGCUCGAGUUUUUAAAAUUGAAAACUAAUUAUUGGAACAAAGUUAAAAAUUCUCAUACGAAUCGGUUAUUGUUAGCACAUGAAUUUCUAUUGUAACGAUAACAAUAUGCAGAGUAUAUAAACGCAGAAAAUAUUGUUACGAUGUUGUUACAAUGCACUCCAGCCAAACCGAGUGGCUCAAUCAGUGCAGUCGGAUAGUGCAGAGUGGUUGGGAAUUAACAGCGAGAUUUUUUAAAGUAAUUUGAUCGUUGCAAUUUAUUGAAGAGGUUUAUUAUGUUUGCAAAUUCUUCAUAUUUAUUUAUUUGUAUAUUUUCUGAUAUAUUAGUCUAGUGUUACUUUUUUAUUCUCGUUACAGAAUUGUAAAUAAAUAAGCUAAUUUUCAUCUCUUGCCUAAUCGUGUUUUUAUUUAUUCUGUCAUUAACGUUAACAUCUUUCCGCCUGGAAGUAUUGUUGUGAAAUUGGCAAUAAAUCGUACUCAACUCGACUAACAAUUUCGGUGAACGUAGGGAUCCUACACUAGCAUGAACGUCACUUAGUCUUUUAAUUUCAAUUGUUAGUUUAUCUAAGAUUAUUUUUAGUUUUUAGUAUGUGAUGUUUUGUUUUAUUUUUUAUUUGAAUGUUUUAAGUAGUUGGCUCCUGUAACUUGCUUACUCUAAUGUAUUAGGGGCUAUUCAUGUGCAAAGAGAAUCAGAAGCAAUCACGCUGUGUACAGAACUACUUAGGUUCCUUUAAGUAUCUUAUAUUAUAAUUUUAAAAUUUAUACUUAAUAUAAAGGUGAAUAAAACUGCCACCAACGUA